UCAGCCCACAGCAACUUCUGCUCCCUCCUUCUCAGCCUUUUUCUAUAGGACCUGAAGGAAGGGCAGGUAGAGCUUCUGGACAAGGGCUUGGAAUGGGUAUCUGGAAUUGUAAAUUCUCCAAGGUCAAGUAUGCCCGAGUUUUGCUCCUGGGACUGGAUUUCUCAGGGAAGUCAACAAUCCUUUACAAACUAAAGCAGGCCAAGGACUUCAUGACCCUCCCAACCAUUGGCUUCAACGUGGAGAUGAUAGAGAUGGAGGAAAACAUCCAUCUUACAGUCUGGGAUGUCGGAGGGCAGUUCCACAUGAGGAGCUUUUGGGGCCAUUACUGUGAGAACACGGAUGUGCUGGUGUAUGUGGUGGACAGCACCGACCAGAGGCACCUGGAGGACUCCCGAAGAGAAUUCAAGCUUCUCCUGAAGAAUGAGCACAUGAGGCGUGUUCCAGUCCUGUUGCUGGCCAACAAGCAAGAUCUGCCCGGCGCCUUCGCGGCCGAGGAUGUCACCAGGAAAUUCAAGAUGAAGAAAAUCUGUGGUGACCGGGACUGGUACGUGCAGCCUUGCUGUGCCAUUUCAGGGGAUGGCCUGGCUGAAGGCUUCUGCAAAGUGACAGAGUUCAUCAAAAGCUACAGGAAAUCCGCAGAAGCUACCUUGGCCUUCUUCAGGCAAAAUCAAAACUACAUAGGGAUCUCCAGGUAUGGAGCGUUACCUAACCUGCCAAACCAGCUGGCGUUUUCUUUACUUCUCCUGUAUUUCUUUUUAAAAAAAUAUUCUGUAUUACAAGGGAUGGCUUGCUGGGGAAGAGAGGGGAAGGGAUAUAUUUAUAAAUAAGUCAUUUAAAAACCAAAAAUUUUUUAAAGUAUUGUGCAAAGAUAGGAUAUCAAAGCUGGUUGAAGAAUUGUACUUUGUGAGCCAGGAAUUUAAACUGAACGACACUAAAACCACUUACUUUUUAAAAAAAUAUAUAUUAAAUUAUGUUUAGUUUUCAACAUUCA